AUGCGCGUGACUUCGCGCCAGACAAUUAACCGCCACGACGCGGUGCACGCGAUUUCUCCAAUUCAGCUCCGGAUUCAAUCCGCCGUCAGCACCGAUUCACAUCUUCCUGCGACUGGACCAGGUGCAACGCCGGCUUUUCUUUUUUGGAUAUCACGAUUGCAAAUUCUACACCCUCAAGUCCAUACCAGAUUUCUCCCCCCUUUUACUUGCGAAUUAUUGUCCAACGUCGUACCAAUCAUGGCUCCGAAGAAGGAAAGCGACGGCCUCAGCGCAUUCGAGCGCCGCCGUCUUGAGAACAUUGCUGCGAACAAAGCUCUGCUGUCCGAAAUAUCUGUUACAGCGAAAAACAUCAUACCAGACAAACCUGUGCCCAAGCCAUCCGCUUCGCGAAAAAGAACCAGGGCGGAACCUGUGGUUCGAGAGCCUCGUCGAGGCACUCGUAUGAGCUCCCGUCUUGCCGGAGUAACGGCAGACGAUGAUGUGCUUAAGAGGAAGCUAGAGGUGGAAUCAGAGCAUCAGGCCGCAGAGAACAAGGCGAAGAGACUGCGGAGUGGCGAAGAUAUGCACCUGGGCGACAUUGUUGUUGAUGGCCGGAAAUACACAAGCAGCAUGGAUGGCUUGAAGGGCAUUUUUCGCGGGGCACAGCCUGGCGUGCGAACAUUUUCCGACUACGACAUCAAGGAGACGACUGAUGCCAGCCUAAAAGAACUGCGAUCGCAAAUGAGCAGCUUGAAGCUAUAUGAGCAUUGGAUACCAAAUGAUAUCAAGAUCACCCCACAACGAAUUUACGCAUUGAGUUUCCAUCCGACGGAAGACAAGGCGAUUGUAUUUGCCGGAGACAAAGAGGGCGCGAUGGGAGUAUUCGAUGGUUCGCAGACGGCCCCUGAAAUGGAUGACGAUGACGACCAUAUCCCGGAUCCAGUCAUAUCAGCUUUCAAAAUUCACGCUAGAACUAUAACUUCAUUCGCAUUCUCACAAGCAGACGCAAAUUCCGUGUACUCCUCAUCCUACGAUUCAUCGAUUCGAAAACUCGAUUUGGAGAAGGGCACCUCUACCCAAGUUUUUGCCCCCAAGAGCCACUUCGAGGAAUUGCCCAUCUCCACACUGGAGAUUCCUGCGGCAGAGCCAAAUAUGCUGUACUUAUCAACAUUGGAUGGUUCUGUUGGUCGAUACGAUACAAGAGUACCCGACAGCCUAGAACUAUGGACACUCUCUGAUCAAAAAAUCGGAGGAUUUUCCAUGCACCCGCUCCACCCAUAUCUUUUAGCCACAGCAUCUUUGGAUAGAACCAUGAAGGUAUGGGACUUGAGAAAAAUGAUUGGUAAGGGGGAUCUGAGACAUCCUUCUUUACUUGGAGAACACGAUUCACGCCUGUCAGUUUCGCAUGCUUCGUGGAGUGCCGGCGGGCACAUUGCCACUUCGUCAUAUGAUGAUACGAUCAAAAUCUACGACUGCUCCGGAGCCUCGAAAUGGAAGCCAGGCCAAAGCAUCGACGUGGUACCCGCGCACACUGUCAAGCAUAACAAUCAGACAGGCAGAUGGGUUACAAUCUUGAAGCCACAGUGGCAGAAGAAUCCAGAAGACGGUAUUCAAAAAUUGACUAUCGGUAACAUGAACCGAUUUGUCGAUGUUUACGCUUCGGACGGAAGUCAAUUAGCUCAGCUGGGGGGGGAUGGUAUAUCUGCUGUUCCAGCCGUUGCUCACUUUCACCCGAGCAAGAACUGGGUUGCCGGGGGCACUGCCAGCGGCAAGCUUUGUUUAUGGCAGUAG